UAUUUCAGACUAUAGGAUUCAGCUAUGUCCUUCAUAUUUAAUUGGAUUUACAGCGGUUUCAGUAGCGUAUUACAGUUUUUAGGACUGUACAAGAAAUCAGGCAAACUAGUGUUCCUUGGACUGGACAAUGCUGGAAAAACUACACUGCUGCACAUGCUCAAAGAUGACAGACUGGGACAGCACGUCCCCACGUUACACCCCACUUCAGAAGAGCUGACAAUUGCUGGCAUGACUUUCACUACCUUUGAUCUGGGUGGACAUGCCCAAGCUCGCAGAGUGUGGAAAAACUACCUGCCUGCAAUUAAUGGCAUCGUAUUCUUGGUGGACUGUGCAGAUCACGAAAGAUUGCUUGAAUCAAAAGAAGAACUUGAUUCACUAAUGACAGAUGAAACUAUUGCAAAUGUGCCUAUCCUAAUUCUUGGUAACAAGAUUGACAGACCUGAAGCCAUCAGUGAAGAGAGGUUACGAGAGACGUUUGGCCUCUAUGGCCAGACAACAGGAAAGGGCAGUAUACCAUUGAAAGAACUGAACGCCAGGCCGCUAGAAGUGUUUAUGUGCAGCGUGCUGAAGAGACAAGGCUAUGGAGAAGGCUUCCGCUGGAUGGCACAGUACAUUGAAUAAUGCCAAAUCCCAUCCGUACGUUCUGUCCCGUGUCUGAAUAUUAAAUCUCCUCUUUAUUUGAUCACUCAGUGUACGUAACUUGAAUUCAUUUGACUGUUUAGUUAUUAAAAAUACACAUUUUUAGCUAAUUAUGUCAUUUAUGCUAGAUUGUGAGGAUUGAGGAAUUACUUCAAGCAGGUUUGUAAGUACCACAACCUGUGAGCUUUCUAAUCCCAUGCAAUGUUCUUUUGCAGCUUUUAAUUUAACAAGCCUCCAGCACCAUUUUUGGUCCGAGCAACUUUCCAGUACAGUACGUUUUGAAUGCACUUUUUAACAGCUUAAAGACAACCUACAAACAUGUGAAAACUAUUUAAAUGCUUAUGUUUAAAUUUUUUUAUGUACUUUUUUGAAACUGGUUUUAUAACUUUAAAGCCUAUAAACCAUCUUUCAAGGAAUAAUAAAUAGCUGAUGGAGAAUUGCAUGAUGCCUUACGGUUUUCAAUAAUACACUUUCUUAUGCAACGUCAUGCAAUAAAUGUCAAUCCCCGUUUUGGCUACUUCAAUGGAAAAUGUUUCCUUUUAAUGUGUCUUAACCAGUGAGGCUGCCUGAUGACCUGGAUAUGUGGGAUAUGUUCCUGUAACGCAGGAGGCCCCAAAGUAGUUUCAUUGUGUGUUAGAGUGAGGUGGCUUUUUCAGACUAGCAAGUUGCAUUUAGCAAAGAGUUUUGCAUUAGGAAAAGGGAAGAAUCUGAUCUGAUGCCCUUAUAACCACCACCUUUAAAAAGUACAAGUAAUGUCAAUCAGUUCUGCCAGUGUGAAUCUUGAACUAAUGUCAGAAGUGGUCUUGCUCUGCUGGUCUCUUGAAUUAAACCCCUGAAGCAACACAAGAAAGAAGAAAUUAAGGACUCCAUUGCACUAAACCUUCUGUUCCCAAUUCAGUCAGGUUUGGGGUCUGCCAGGAGGUUUGCCUGUGAAACUGUCAGGAGCUAAGGAAAUGUGACCAUUGCUGCUUGUAAAAAUGAAUUAGCUCACACUCAACUGGGCAGGUUUAGUUUUGGUGGCUUGAACUGGGCCAAGCUGGGAUGGUUUUGGCGUGUUUCCCCUGCCACCCAGCCGGUGUGGCUGCUGGCUGCCCAUGUGGCUUGCUUCUGGGGUAGAAUUGGGUUCUCUGCAGCCUUUAUUUCCAGGCUCAUGACUGGUUUUCCCUGUCUUUGAGUGCAUCAGUUCCCCAAGGAGAAAGCAGGUUACUGUCAAAGAAAGGGCACUGAAGCACAUGUAUCUGUCAACAUCUUGAUGCUGGCUGACACUGCCAUGGAGCUGUGGUUGGUGCUUCCCUGGGCUGGGGAUGUUUAAUCUGUUAAAGGGAGGUAGGGUUUCAGCCCUGGAGCUCCCGUUUCAUUGCAAUGGGCUUGAGUUUCACUGUGUAGCUCAUUUUCCCCUCGGACAAGUGUUUUUAGCUGAAUCCCUUUUACUCAGCUGCUGUAGGUCAUCUCCAAAAUACUUUGGGCUUUUUGUUUGCAGUAUCCAUGGCAGCAAAUAGAUUUGACUGGUUUGAUUUCAUAAAUAACUUCCUUGACCUGCUGGGCUUCAGUGCCAGGCUCCUAGCAAAUAAAUGAGACUUACUCCUUGCCCGCAUCUGAACUUGUCUGAUUGAAUAUUGAUGAUCAGUUCCCCACAGUCCUAGACUGUGCAUCUGAAUGAGAUGAAUAAUUCAGAACCUAACUAAUGUAAAUUGUAACUGAAGCUUAUUACUGCACAAUCAUAUGCAGAGCGUUAAGCCUAGUUUGUGCAUGGUAAAGUUCAGAGUGACAGGUAUCUGAUAGCUUUUCCAAAUCAUAGAAUCAUAUGACCAACAUAAGAGGAUUCUGCAUUUAAACUAGUGCUCAGCUGCAAUGUCUCUGACGCAUAAAUCAAAACGGGAGGUAAGAAAUGGCCUCUCACCAGCAUGUGGACAGUAUGUGAGUCUUUACUACCUGUAGCUGUCACGUAGGGGACAGGCCUCUUAUUUUCCCCUCUGGCUUUUUCUGGUGGUGGUUAUAAUGCAGAGCACAGCAGCUAAAUCAAUACAUGGUGUAAAUAUUAAAAGAACUUACUUGCAGAGUCACAUUGUGGUGGUGUGGGAGACUUGGGACUGUGUUGCCUGUGCUUUAUGGAAAUGAAGCUGGAGGUGGAGGUGUUCUGCUGCAGACCACUUCCAAAGGCUGAGCCAUUGCGUGGGCACAGAGGGGUCCUCAUCACCUUCUCUUCCAACUGACUGUGAAUAACAUUAGCAGUAGGAUCAUAGUGUUAAGAAAAGAGAAGGGAGGUGAUAGUGCUUUGAAAGUGUGUGUUAAGAGUAAUCCUCAGUAUUAUGGGAAUACUCCAAUUUUCAUGUUUCCUCCUGUAGGAUGCUAGUUUCAAUGUGGUUGUAAUAAGGGCAUGACCAACUCUCCACCUUGUGUUUAUCCACGUGGGUUUUGUGAUGGUUCCCAUUGUGGGAACAGCUGUCCAGCACUCAGUUAAAUACACAAACAAUCUUGCUCUGUUUCAUUUCAUUCAGUAGAGGAAGUAUCUUUCUUCUGUGGUUUGUGUUCUGCUGUGCACAUGAAUGUGAAUGGGUGUUGUGUGUCUUUGUGUGAAGACUUCAUUAAUAGAUGGAUAUAACAAUGAGAGUUUUUCUGGUGGUUUUCAUUCCCGUACCCUCCACAUCUCCCCAUUCAUUUAUUUCUGGAGGUUGCUUACUCCUGUGAUUGUGACCAGUCUUCACCUGAACAAAGCAACGUUCGCAUUUGGGUCCUACUGCUAUCAUUUCUUUUUUCCCACUCUGGACUAUGCAGAACUCAAUGAAACAUCACUUGAAAGAAUGUGAAAAAGGAAACCCAUUAAUAAAGAUGUUAUUUAUGAA